GCUUUGUAGCCAAGGCAUUUAUUCCCAGGCUUAUCCCAAAACAACAUUCUUCUCCUCGUCUCCGAUAGCAUUACCUAUGUCUCCUGCCAGAUUAAGCUCUAGUCACAAGAGGAGAACCGCUACACAACUAGGCGAGGCAGCCCGUCGCCUUCUUCUUUCGGCUAGAGUCAACAACUAGAACGUACGGGAACAAUACACAGCAGCCAACCAGGGAACACGUGCUAUUGUGUCUAAAAUGGGAUGUUGUUUAGCUAUCUAAUAGACGAGUUUAUAUAGCUGCCUAGGUUAGUGACGUAUGCAGGUGCGCAAGAUACCACUUGCAACAGCCAUGCAUCACGUCCAAGGCAUCUUUUAUGCAAGAGCCUUAUCAAAACCACUUACACCUCCACGAUCCAUACACUGACAACGACCCUACCUCAAUAAACACAAACCCUUCCGCCCCCUAUCACCACACAACAUGACAAACGCCAUCACCCUCCAACAAAAGACCCCGGAGGGCAAAACCCUCAUCAGCGAGCCCGUCUUCAACAUCUUCCAAGCCCACCUCCAACCGGCGAACAACCUCUCCGCCAGCCAAGCCGCGCUUUCCCUAGCAAAUCUCGCGCCCAAGCCGAACGACGGCGAAAAGACUCUCAGCGACGGCUUCUUUUUCGAGCUGUGGAACAGCGUCAUCGGCGUCGCGGAGCAGAUCCCGCACGACCACCCCGCGCAGGACCAGCUGGUGAAAGUGAUGCGGGAGCUAACACUGCUGCCCGACACUGGGCUUACCGUUUGGGACUCCCCCCUCUGGACCUCCCUCCCCGUCCUCGGCGCCGCCAUCCGCGAACGCCUCAACGGCCCCACCUACCCACCCCACCCCACCGCCGCACAGACGCGCGCCGUCGACGAGUCCUGGGUCCGCUUCCACGCCUUCGCCGCGCGGCUGAUGGGCGCCGGCGUCGUGCACUCUGCGAGCCAGCCCGUGUGGAUGCUGCGGGACGCGCUCGAGCAGCCGCCCCAGGAGGAGGAGGAGGAGGAGGUGGUGGCGGACAGAGACCUCGCCGCCGCCGCGAUGUACAUCGAGUACGCCGGCGCCGUGCUCGUCGAGGCGGUGGCCGCGAACCCGGAGCCGGCGCUUGGCGCGGAGCUGGCGCGGCUGUUGAGGGCGGGUCCGCUUUAUGGCGGUGCGCCGGGGUUGAGUCGGGAGCGGUGGGGGUUCUGGGCGAAGAGGUUUAGGGAGGAGGGGGGGGAGGAGAAGGGGAGGAGUGAGGAGGGGAGGGCGGUUGCGGGGAGGGCGGCGAGGUUGAUGGAGGUGUGGGGGGAGACGAGGUUGAAGGGGUAGGGUGUUGGACGAUGAUAGUGUGCCUCCCUAAGGAGGUUAGAAGCGGCUGGCAUAUGUAUGUAAGUACGCCGAUCUUGGUGAAGCCUAAGACCAAUAUUUGUUGCAGUGGUUCAUAAUUAAUAAACACCAAAAAUGUGCGAGCACCUGCACCUGGUGGGAGCAGCUAAGUACUGUGUAUUAUGUAGGUAGAAAUGGCAUUCUAUCAACAGCCAGACCAGGCGCCUACCUUCUAG